GGUGCUGGAGCCCCCCGAGUGGGUGUGGUCACGUUGCCCAGCAAUGGGCGGUGAUUGGCCCUGGGCGGUGCAUUCGCAGCUCGUGCGUCACGACGCCGCCAGCUGAUCGGAGACUGGAGCCGGUGUGUGCUGGGCGCUGGGAAGAGACAGAGCGGUCGGCCGUGCGGAGAGGACGCAGUGAUUUUGCUCCCCUGUCCUCAGCAACCCCCACACCCAGCAUCAGGAACCUGUGCCUCCCACACCCUCACCUGGCUGAGCCGCAGUAGUUCUUCAGUGGCAAGCUUUAUGUCCUGACCCAGCUAAAGCUGCCAGUUGAAGAACUGUUGCCCUCUGCCCCUGGCUUCGAGGAGGAAGAGGAGCAGCUUCUUUGCCUAUCAUCUGGAAGGUGACAGAACUGGGGGUUGGGAAGGGCUGGACAGCAGGGGUGAUGGAUGGCUUUAGGGAAGGGAAACUCUGCUCUGGGGAGCCCUUACCCACACUGGCCCAGCAAAAGAUUCAGGUUAAAGGCCCUGACUAAAUUGGGGAAUAGGUGGCUCCACCUCUCCAAGGUUAGUUGAUCUCUGUGUGGCAAUGGGAAGAAAUGGAAGGAAAGUCUGUCUACCUGUUUAUCAAGACUUCCUUGUAGCCUGCCUUUCUUAUCUCCCCCCUCUCCAACUAUCACAUGAGGUCCAAAAGUCAGUGUGCUCAUGGGAAAGACGACACCAGAACUCUAAUCUAAGUAGUCAUCCGUGUGCUUGCCUUUCUCUGUAUUUGUUUUUAGAUUGGUCCAGAUUUUGGAUUUAGGGGUACUUACCUCUAUGGGAUCCUUAAACCUGUCCAUUUCUCUACCCGUGAAAUGGGGAAUCCCAUAGAUGAGUAGGCAGGAGGGCAUCAGAAGUCCACCUGCGCUGACUCAGAGCCUGGGCUCUUCCUGUGGGUGGAAACAAAACAGCUCUUCAUACAAAUUGUUGUCCCUCCUCCACCCCCUGACUACACACCCAGCUCUAGGGGAUUGGGGUGGAGGGAAAGAUUAAGAGCUAGUGGGAGGCUAGUCCUAUGCUGACUUCUCAUUAUACAAGGGUGACCCAAGGUUUCCCCUCCACCCAAAAUAAGGCUCCAGCUCCUGAUUGGGUCCUAGCAACCACUGCCAUUUAUUUUCUGCCUUUGCUUUCCAGGAUAGUGAGACUCAGCUCAGUGCUGUGCAGGCAAGAAAUUGUCUCCUCCAGCCAUCAGGGGAGAUGGGUUAUAUGAUUUGAGUCCCUUCUGCUGCCUCUAGCUCCUGAUUCAUUCUCAAGCUUGGGCUUGGGCUCUGAUUGUGGUUCAGUUUUGGCCCAGUCUCCCUAACAGAAGAUGGGUUCAGGGGCUAUAGGAAGCUGUUUGUUCUGCUUGGCAGGAAAAGGAGGAGGAGUUCUAGCCUAUUCUCCAUUUAUGAGAAACUGAAAGUCAUAGGGGAGAAUAGAUCACGUAACCCAGUCUUACUGCAGCCUGAGAUGAGGGGUAAGAUGUGUAAAGGGACUACAGCAGAGGGGGGUGGGGAGGCCGAGUCGCCUCAUACACUGCAACAAAGAUUGCUCUGUCCCGAGACAUUGCUUUCUUCCCCUCCUCACUUCACUGGCCACAGUGUGUCCCUCCAGCACUGGGUUCAUGGCUCUGCUAUCUUCAUCCAACAUGGAGCCUCAGAGGUGAGGAAGGGCAGCCUGGAAACACAGAGGCAGGCAGAAGACCAGUGAAGGACCUGGCCUGGAGCCACAGGGCCUAUCCCAGACAUUGGUCAGAGAGGCACAUAGAAGCCUGGAGAACACCAGGAAAGAGAGCAGCCAGCCUCAGUGAAAGACAAGCUUCCAGCCAUCUCCUCUCCAGCCCUACCUCCCUUGGAGAUGAAGAGCCAUAAUGAAGUAUGGUCCCAUUUCUUCUCUACCCUGCAGUUUCUAUGUAAGCAUCCUCAAGCAUGAGCCACCUCUGAAAGGAAAUACAGAGCAAAUUCAAAGAGAGAUUCAAAUGUGUAACGCUAUGGAAAAACAUAUUUUUGGCUGGGGCUGUAGCUCAGUUGAUAGAAUGCUUCACAUUCACAAAACCCCGGUUCUAGCUUGGACAUUGCCUAAAACUGGGUGUGGUGGCACAGGCCUGUAAUCACUGGAGGUGGUAACAAGAGGAGCCUACAUUCGAGGACAUCCUCUGCUACACAGUGUGUUCUGAGCCAUCCUGGACUACAUGAGACUCUUGUCUCAAAAAAAGAAAAAAGUUUUCUUUAGUAAUUAAAAGAAGGCAGACAUCGCUGAAAGCAAUUUUCCGUGAUCACGAUGUGACAAACAAAUGAAAGCCAAAAGAACACUCCCAUACAUUGUGGGCAGCAGGAUCAAACAUUGUAAGAGACAUCUUUUGGCCUUGUAAUUUUGUGUUCUAGUAAUGUAUCUUAAAAUCAAGAUUUGGUUAUAAAAUGUUCAUCCUAGGGUUACAAUAGAGAACAAUAGAAAGCAACUACUUGUUUGGAAAUCCAUUCCUCUUCUGUAAUGAAAGUUUGCAGUAGGGCAUUGCUUAAGUGAACCAUAUUCAUCCGGAUGGUGGAGUACUGCACAGCUGUCCAAAGCCAUGAAGAAAAAUGCUCUUUGAAUAUUAAAAAGAUUAUAAAAAGUAUGAGUUUUGUGACCUUAAUUUUGUUUUUUAAACAAUUUGUUUUUAAAAUAUGAGUGCAUACUUGUAAUACAUAGAUCUAAAAAAAAAUAAAGACUGAAAGUAGACUCAAAAUGUUAACAAUGGUUAUUUUUGGAUGGUGGGAUAGAGCAAUUGUGAAUUUCCCCCUUGUUUUUUCUGUCAUUCUAAGUUUUCUACAUUAAUUGUAUAUUGCUUUUAUAUGUUAAAUAAAUUGCAAAAGAUAAAUGUAGUUUUUAAUUUUUUGUGUGCGUAUGAGUGUUUUGCCUACAUGCAAGUAUGUGCACCAUUCCCAUGCUUGGUGCCUCCAGAGGCCGCAAGAGGGCUUAGAACUGGAGUUAGACUGCUGUAAGCCACCACGUGGGUGGCGGGAAUCAAACACAGGUCCUCUGCAAGAGCAGCCAGUGCUGACUUCUGAGCUAUCUCUUUACCCCCUCAACGUAAUUUUUAAAAGAGGAUUUAUAUAAUGUGUCUGUGUGGGUAUGGACACCUGAGUGUGGGUGCCUGCAGACCCAGAAGAGGUCCUCACAUUCUCUUGAGCUGAGUUACAUGCUGUUGUGAGCCAUCUGAUAUGGAUGCUGGGAAUUGAACUCAGGUCCUCUAGAAGAGCUGCAAAUGCUCUUAGCCACUAGAGACGACUAUCCAGUCCUCGGUGUGUGUGUGUGUGUGUGUGUGUGUGUGUGUGUGUGUGUUUAAACUUUGGAGAAUUGGGUUUGGGAGGAUGGGCUGUACCUAGUGCCAUGGUGAAAAAUGUUUGCUUGGAUCACUUAUUGCUUCUUAACUGUGUGUGUGUGUGUGUGUGUGUGUGUGUGUUUGCUGGGAAUCACACCCAGGGCCUUGUACAAGCUGGGCAAGUGCUCUCUGCCACAUUGAAGUCAGCCUUGAGAACUUCAUUCUUCAGUUGUCUGAAUCCACCCACUUGCUCUGCAUACAGGAAGCAUUCCUCGGACUUUCUGGCUGUCAGCCAGCAAAGGAGGUGUGGCUCAGAGUAAAAAAGAAGGGAAAUGCUCAAAAACAGUCACUCUUCAGGGAAUCUGAGGUUGGAGAGGAUGUUCCUCUUAAGGCCAAACCGUCUAGUAUCUGAACAGUGUUACCGUGUUGUACUGUGGGUGUUUCUCUCUUUUGAGUCGGCCUUUUUCUUGAGACCUGGGGAGGGAAGGAGAAUGUGUUUCAAGUAAGCAAGUAUGUGGUAGUAGUGAUUUCCAUUUGCCUCCCUUGCCUAAUAAAGAUCCCCAGUAGGGGGGAAAAAACUCGGGGAGGGAUCCCCCAAUGGACUCCUCCAAAAUGGGAGUGGGGGCACUCUUCUGUUUGGGGAGUACUAUGUAAGGGAAUUGCAGGUGGGCAGAGGGCACCUCUGCCUAACUGACCAUGCUGUCAGGUAAAGGUGACGUGGGGCAAGGUUUGGGCCCUCAGGGGUUGGCUGCGCUGGCCUUCUACGUUGGGGUUGUAGGUAUGGAUGAGCAGUAGGUGAGAGAUGAGGAAACCAGAACAGGUGAAAGUUAGUGGGCGGAGCCCCAGACCUAUCAGUAAGGCUAGACUAGAUUGCUUUCUGGAAUUCUGAGGGGUUUGGAGACUCGUGGCGCUGGAAAAGACUUCUAGUGUUGUGCAGGAAGGCCUCUGAGUUUGAUUGCUGGACUUGAUGCACGGGAGCCCCCAAACCGCUAUCCCCAGGCGGGGGCGGGACGCCAUUGCUUCUAUGGCUCCACGGGUGGUGGCCCCAUAGCCGCACCAAUCACUGCCCAGCCGAGGGAUAGGGGCGUGGACAAGCAAGGGAAAGUUACAACAUGCUGGGAAAGCCAGGCAGGCUAGGAAGCCCCGGGCACAGCGGGUUGGAAAAGCCCUUGGAGGUCUCGGAAAAGGGGAUCCAAAGCACAAACUGAAGCCUAGCUGACCUGCCAGACCAUGGCAUCCCGGGGGCUCGUUGUGGUUGGUGCCUCCUUCGCAGCAUUUCGGGGGCUACACUGGGGACUGCAGCUGCUGCCCACCCCGGAAUCUGCUCGGGACCACUGGAUGUGGCGGAACAUCUUCGUUUCGUUGAUGCACAGCCUACUCUCUGGAGCAGGGGCGCUGGUCGGGCUGUGGCUGUAUCCUCAGAUGGUCACCGACCCGAUUCAUGGCCACCCAUCGUGGGCAGUGGUCCUAGUAGCAGUGUCAGUGGGUUAUUUCCUGGCGGAUGGAGUUGACAUGCUGUGGAAUCAGACCUUGGCCCAGGCUUGGGACCUUCUCUGUCACCAUUUGGUGGUAGUGAGCUGCCUCAGCACUGCGGUUCUGUCUGGCCACUAUGUGGGCUUCGCUAUGGUAUCACUACUUCUGGAACUGAACUCCAUCUGUUUGCAUCUACGGAAGCUGCUGCUGCUUUCCCAUAAGGCCUCAUCCUUGGCCUUCAGAGUAACCAGUUGGGCCACCCUGACCACUCUGGUCCUCUUCCGCCUUCUACCUCUGGGAUGGAUGAGUCUGUGGUUGUUGCAGCAACACUACCAGCUCUCUCUUGCUUUGGUCAUCCUUUGUGGAACUGGGCUGGUCACUGUGGGUACCAUGAGCAUCUCACUGGGUAUCCGGAUUCUGAUCAGGGAUGUCUUGCAGUCUCGGCCCUACCCAUUUAUCAAUGUGCAUAAAGAGACUCAGCAAACCAAGACAUAUGGUGGUGAGCCAGUCACCAGGAACAAUUCCACUUUCAGUCUGAAAGACUAGAGAAGUGGAGGUUUCCUCUUCUGUCGGGCCUGGGGGCCUGAGGCCGGGAAGAGGAGACAGUAGCCUUCACUGCAUAGUCUACUGUGUAGCAAGCGCUGGACUGUAUUAUCAGCAUCUCAGGACCUUUUCCAGCUAACUCACUACUCUCCCCUUCCCAAGACUCAAGAAGGAAUGUGGAUGCUAGUGACCUCAUGGGAACCUAGAUUACUGCUCACUGAAUUCCUUUGCCCCACAAGUAAGGACAGACAAUGGGACAGGAGGUCCUUCUAGAAUUAGAGAGACCUGGCAUGGGGGGGGGGGCGUGCCAGAGGCAGAGACCUCAUUUAUGACCAAAUUCUGGCAGUGAGAUGAGAGCACAAGAAACAUUAUCUGUUGCCAGGAGAGACGGGCAUGGCAGCUGCCAGUGACAGACAGAAGCCAGACCACUUCAAUUGUUGCUGAUACCGCUGAUCCUCUAGGCCAGUCUACAAGUACUUGGAUUGUACUCAACCCUAUUGAGUACAGCCUUUCUAAUACUUUAUGUACUCCUUCCGACCUUUUUAAAGAAAUGUAAAUUCUUAAAUAAACAUGGUCUGCCUCCUAAGGCUGCACAGAGCCAGGAGCCACAAGAGAGACCGAAGCACCCAGUGUGAUCACCCAAUGCAAAGCUUCCCAAGCCUCUGGGUUUCCAGCACUGAGGCAGAGGCACAGCUGGGGAGAGGAGCCCCCUCCUUCCGCCCCCCUCCUCCCUCCAGAGGUGGCAGGAGAACUGACUGACCCUCUUCUGGAGUCUUUUGAAGGCUCUCUCCCCCCUGUCUCUGUAGCAAGUCUGCUAUUGCAGGUCUCCUUCCUUUCUAGUCUGACGGUCCAAGUUACAGGUACUGUAAAGCAGAUUAAGGUUACUUUGUGCUGAACAGUGGGGUGGAAAAUGAUAACCCUUAACAACUCACCGAAAAGAUACAGGAGCAAAAACAAGAGGCAGGAGGAGCUUUUAAAAAGCUGGUGGCUUUUUAAAAAGCUUUUAAAAAGUUGGUGGCACAGGCCUUUAAUCCCAGCACUUGGGAAGCAGAAGCAGG